AACCUAUUUUGCAUACACCGGCUCUUUUUAAUAUAGCGUCCAUUGUAACGCCCCAAAUGCCAUUCCUCAUGAUUUGUUCGCACUAAACUCUUUGUUCUCCAACAACACGAGCUUCUGGGAAUCGCUUUUACUUCUACGUCGACGGGAAGCGCCGCUCAGCCUCAGUCCCGUGACUCUUCCUACACUGUAGGCCCCGCCCCCCGCUCACACAGAAACACUACAAUGGCCGCGGCGGUGGUUACGUCCAGGCCUAUUCAGAAUGCCCACACUGCACUAGAUCUUUGGGUUCCGGAGUACCAGGAGAUACGUGGGAAGAUGAUGACCGGCCAUGUUGAGUACCAAAUCGUUGUCGUCACCACACUUCCAGCUUUCAAAUCAGCCAAACACAAGCCGGGAGAUGUUGUCCAGUUUGUGGUCUCCAAAAAAUACAGCGAGAUUGAAGAGUUUUAUCAUAAACUCUGUGCCGGUUACCCCCACGCCUCACUGCCGCCUUUCCCAAGAAAAGUCUUGUUCGUGGGAGAAGCCGACAUCCGAGAACGGAGAGCAGCCUUCAACGACAUAGUGAAAGCUAUUGCGAAGGACAGACAGCUGGCCGCUUGUCCCCAACUGCUGGAUUUCCUAGGAUCAAAUUCUACUGACUUUGUGGACCUGAAAUGGGAGAAAUGCCACGUAAAUCAGUCCGAAGAAGGAGAUUUCUUUAAGCAAGAAGAUCCUUCGGAAGAAGCCCUUUUGCACCUCCCAGCCAGAAGUCAAAACAGACAGAAUUUACCAAGAACGGAAGACAAUGAAGAAGAAGAGGAGGAGGAGGAAGAAGAAGAAGUCGAUUUAGAUCCUCUUGGUAUCUUAAAGGCAAAGACCAAGAAGACAAAGAAACCAACCCAACCAAAGGUGGAAGAUCUAAAUUUGAAGCCCAGCAGUAGAUUAGCACUUUUUGAUGAAACAGAUCCAGACGCAGGAUUAUUUGAACCAAGAAAAAAUCCCUCAUCAACCACAAAGAAACCAUUUACAGGUGCUAAUGAAAUAAAAUUAUUUGAAGAACAAGACCUUGGAGGCACCGUGCAGUUAGGUGAUUCUCUCUUAAUGCAAUCUGCCUUCAAGGCUAAGGAUGUGUUUAAACCAUCCACCAAUGAAGACUUGGAUGAACUGCUCAGGGUGGAAGAGGGUUUUGAGAAGCUGUUGAGCCUUGAACCAAAGUCAAAGAAAAAGGGCAAGCCCCCCAUACCAGCAAAACCAUCUUUCACCAAAGUGUCUGGGGAUUCUGAAGAACUGACUGUCCCACCGGAAAAGAGAGAGGCGAAUAUAGAAGCCAUGGAUGAGUUGGACAUCCUCAGGUACAUCACAGAGAAUGAGCAAGCACCCAGUGAAUCAGGCAGUCUCUUCUGAAUGGUUAGAUGGACACAUUUUUUCUCCGCAGUGCCCUGCUGCACAUACAUGGAGUAGUGUUCUCAGCAGCCACCUAAACCUAACCAACUGUCUGAGUUCCGCCUCAAAAAUCACCUUGAUCCUUGUUCUAAAUGGAAAAAAAUCAAAGAGUGAUGUUUGGAGGAAUCCCUUGAAUGGGUUUCAUGCAUUUGAUUUGUAAACAGGUAUUCAUUUUUUAUGUUUAUAAAAACAACUUUGUGUUUGAUCUUGUAUCAAAAAAUAAUAAAGGUAUGACCUUACAUGUCAAGGUUAUGCACAAAUAUGGCCAACAUUUGCCUUUGCUGUGCAAACUAUACCAGCUUUCAUAAGUGUCAGUUAACCAGUAAAUGCCAAAUGCUGCUUUAGAGGGAAAAAAGUUUGCUUGUGUUUGGACAUAACCUGGCACUGUAAUGCUCGCCACAAACCAUUAUCCUGAGAGUAGAUUGGCCAAAACUGACCAGUGACUCAACUGGCAGCUGUAUGUGAUAACUGGCUGAACUGGAAGUUCCAUGUUUCAUUGCUGCAGAUUGGCCCAACUGGGCAUGGCUGAGAUCUAUUCGGUGGUCUAACAUUUUCUAGCCAGGAAUAUAGGGAGGUGUGUGACCAGGAUAUUUUUUUAAAAACUAUACGAGAAAAUCGAUGUAAAUCAGGCUGAGAUGGAAUUGUCCAGUAAAAGUGAAGUAAAACUAAUGAAAGCAGAAUUCUGGUUGGUUGCUCUGGGUUGUCACUCUAGGGUGAAAGUUCCAUGGGCUUUAUACAUGGUUUUAUUCUGAAGUGAUGUGAAGAUUUUCCUAAUUUCAGUGAUAUUCAUCCAAAACUUCUAUAACUAUCUGAAAAUAAACAUACUUUUUGUAAUUGAGUUUGAUGUGGUGGGCACAGGUGGACCUGAUAAAUAUAAUGCAAAGUCAAGUAUUAAGACCCAAAUAAAGUGCAAUCCCCAGUUCAGCAAUGGGUUAGGUUCUCUUCCACCUCCAAACUGUACAGGAUCAAGGGAUGUUGCUGAACGCACCUCAAAAAGAGAAAUGGGGGGGGGAAAACAAGAAAAAAAAUAUAGUGUAGCAUUCUCACUAAACACACACCUUCAGUGUGACCACAUCCACUCUUAUCAGUGUUAAGCAACCACAGUAUAGAACUCAAUUAGUUCCAAUUUACACCAAAAGUGAAAAUCUAUCAGACAUACAUGAAUUAUAAAAAAACAAGAUAGGAGAGACCUCUCAAGCUCACCGCUCAAUCCUCCCUUUGCCAGGUGCUCAGUCUGCAGUCUCCCCACUGUAUCCAAUAACAAAACUCGAGGUAGACGGCACUUCUGGACAAAGUUUAAUAAUUAUGGCAGGUUGCUGGACAGGUCCUGCAUAUUAAACUUUGAGUUUUGAUACAUUACUUAUAGUGAAAAACUGUGUUUUAAAAUGAGGAAAAAUUAGAAAAUGGUUGGUACCCACACUCCAACCAAUGCAAGUUGUGGUAUCCGAUCAUACGCACAGACAGGGGGCAUAUCUAUCAAAAUUCAAAUUUUAAUUAAAAAAAGUCAGACCGAACUAUAAUUUGCAAUUGGACUUUAUGCAUUAUUUAAAAAGCUUGAUUUAAUCGGAUCCGGGGCAAACACAGAAAAAUUAAGCGAAAAUCCAAAUUGUACGAUUUCUUAACCAAUUUUUUUCCGAAUCACUCACCCGAAAAACCUGAAUUUUUUAAUUUUUGCCCAAAAAGUCUUAAAUAGUCAGAUUUUCCAGCUAACUCCAGCACAGAACACAGACAUUUCCAAUUAGGAUAGGGACCUCUCCCAUUGACUUAUAUACAAGGUCUGAGAUGCCGGAUUUUCAGAUUCUGACUUUUUCUAUCCUCGGGGCAUAAUAAAUCUUUUUUCUGUUAUAGUUUUUGGCAUUCAGAAUUUAAUAAAUAACCCCCCAUAGAGUGUGUUCCGCUUAUCAAAUCUCUCCCGUCACCUCCAAUAUCCUUCCCUUGUGGACAAUAAAGAAUAGCAUGUUCAGAAGCAUUUCUAAACAUUUCAAUAAAUGAUAAAAUUUACACUCACAAGAUUUCCUUCUAAAACCGCAUAUAAAAAAAAGUUCUCAGCAGCGAUUGCCUUAAAAAGUCCUUGGCGUCAUUCAGUGUACACUGUGCAUGUCUCUGCUCGUUUCUGCACUUCUCCAUCAUCGCUCAUGCGUAUUGCCUAUCAGGCUUCUUCCAGAAGUGAUCGCUCUAUGCCAGAAUUCUGUAAAGCAAUCGGAACAACGGCAGGAGUCAUGUUCCACGUGGACACGAACUCUCUGAACUUAAAGAUAAGCCUUGAUAUCCCUUCUCAACUAUUCUUUCAACUUUCAACUCCCAGUACUGAAAAUACUUCAGAAGUUAGUGAGUGAACCCCCUACCUACCCCAUAACAAUCAAUUAACAGGUAGCAGAGCAGUCAUUUAACAUCUCACUGGUUGCUAUGGGUUACUAGACCUGCUUACAGCUUAGGUGCAUAUGGCAUUAGGGUCUGCUUAACUCUACACAUUCAAAUAUAAUUAAAAUGUGAAAGAUGACAUAUGACAAAUGAAUGAAGGACUCUGGGACAUAUAUAUCUCCACAUUUGUCCCUGUAUGAUGUCUGUAGGUCAAUAAGAAGUAUAAUGUGAACUAUUUAGUAGCUAUAAUGAAGAAAUGAUUACAAAUUGCACUUGUGUUAUAAAGUAUAAAUAGGGAUGUUGUGCCACUUUUUUACUAGAAAUUCUUUGCCACCUGAAUUUGCCCUAUUGACUUCAACGGGUUUAUUCAUGGUCUCAAGGGACGUGAACUAAUCUCAUAGUUGGCGCUUACUACAUGCUGAUUGGUUCUUGGUAAUGGAUUGAUUCUUGGUAUUAAUAAAUCUCACUUAAGGACCACAAUGGAGCUUUAUAAAUACAUAAUGUAUUUUAAGCCAACUUUUCUGCAGCGAAAUAUUUCCCCCUCAAACCAUUUAUAAACAUGCCCCUUUGUGUGUGUUUUUUGAAGGCAAGACUAUCAGUGGGGCAAGUUUCUCUAUGAGGCUCAGACAUGAGUCACAAUAUACUUUAUUUCAUAUUAAGUGAAGUGUUUAAUGUAGAGUACGACUCUCGGCUUGAACCUCUCUCGGUUCUGCCCAAUCUGCUUUCCUUAAUCUUUAUCCAUUUAGCACGGUAUCUGUAUUACUGCAAUCCUUUUCUAACUGUAUUAAUUCAGAUGAUUUUUUUUGCAAUAAAGGACAAAUUAUAUUACA